AUGUUAAAAAUUCAAUCUUAUUAUAUGACCAAUAUCAAAUCAGAAUUAAUACAUUAUGAAAAAAAACUUACUGAAUCAGAGUUAUAUAAAGUUAUUAAUAAUUUAACAAUUAUAAAAGUAAUGGCUAUAGAAAAUAAAAAAGUAAUAUUCAAUUCUGAUGAACUAUUUUUUGAAGAUACAGAAUUUAAUCAAAAUACUUUAAAUAUUAAUGAGAUUUAA